UCACAGCAAAUACCAAAAAUACACAAUAACUAAAUUCAAGAAUCAAUAGGAAUAAGUUGGUUUUUUGCCCAUCUGCCUCUUCUUUUUUCUGAUGUAUCCAUCAUCAGCAUCCUCUUGCAGAAUAUCCUAUACAAAAUCUGGUCCCAACAUUUCUCUUUUUUAAUACAUGGAGAUGCACUUGACUAAAUAAGUAAAGAGACAGGAGCAUUAACCAGUUACUCAGUGAAGAAUGCUGAUAAUGUAGUGCCAGUCACCUGCAACGUACCACACAGCCUCUACCAUUCAAAUCUAAUGACAGUUUUUUUUUUUUCUUUUUUUUUUUUUUUUUGCAUGAAGGUGCAGACAGCACAAGGGUGGCAACUUUUAUGGUGUGCAUGCUAGCAGCAGUGAACAGCAGUGGAGGAAUGUGUAGUAGCAGAGUACUGAGUAUCCUUGGCGCUUUACUUAUAGCUGGUAUCAUCCAGCUCGCAGCAGGUGACACUCCUGCAAAUUGUCUCUACGAGGAUGUCCGUGGUACUUGGACUUUUAUGGAGACGGAGCGUUUGGGAAGCCACAACAUUGACUGUGACACACUUGGUGCCAUAGUACAUGUCAAGAACUUCACACUUGCUUUCCCUGAUAUUGCCACCGAUGAGCUGAGCAAUGCAGGCACCUGGACUAUGAUAUACAACCAAGGUUUUGAGAUCAACAUCAACCAGAGGUCAUACUUUGCCUUCUUGUAUUAUGAGACAGGAGAGAAUUCUGUCACCUCUUACUGCGGCCACACCUUCACCGGUUGGUCCCGUGACAAGACUGUGAGAAACUGGUCUUGUUUCAAUGCCACCAAAACAACUGAGGUGCCUCCCCGAACAACUAAACGACUAACCCGCAUGGAUUUGGUUCAGCCUUACAAGAAUGACCCAGCUCUUGUGCAAAAAAUCAACAAGGUGCAAAGGUCAUGGCGAGCUAAAGAGUAUCCCGAGUUGGAAAAAUUCACAACAGGGGAGGUGCAACGUCGUGGGGGAAGUGUAUGGCCUGACCUGCAGUCCCUGCCUGUCCCUGCCCCUGCCACAGCCGAGCAGAAGGCCCGGGUUGCUCUCUUGCCAAACAGCUUCGACUGGCGCAACGUGUCUGGGGUAAACUACGUAUCCCCUGUGCGUAAUCAAGGAUCUUGUGGGUCCUGCUAUGCCUUCGCCUCCAUGGCCAACCUAGAGUCCCAAGUGAGGAUUGCAACUCAGAAUCAGCGACAGGAUGUCUUCUCCCCUCAGGAUGUUGUGUCGUGCUCAUUGCUCGCCCAAGGCUGCCUGGGCGGCUUUGAUUAUCUGAUUGCAGGACGCUACGCUCAAGACCAAGGAGUUGUGGCUGAGGAGUGUAACACUUACACAGGAAAAGAAGAUUCUUGCAACACCAAUUUGUCCUGCCCACGCACCUACGUCAGUGCAUACAAGCAUGUGGGAGGCUACUAUGGGGCAUGCAAUGAGGAAGUAAUGUUGGAGGCAUUGGUAGAGACAGGGCCGAUAUCUGUUUCAUUCAUGGUAUACGAUGACUUCCACAACUACGAUGGAGGCAUCUACCACUACACUGGCCUUAGGAAUGAGUUCAACCCCUUUGAGAUAACAAACCACGUGGUGCUGGUGGUGGGCUACGGGGCGGACGAAGACACAGGGGAAAAGUACUGGAUUGUCAAGAACUCAUGGGGCAACCAGUGGGGUGAAGAUGGGUUCUUCAGAAUUAGGAGAGGCAACGACGAAUGUUCUCUUGAAUCAAUGGCUGUACAGGUUACAAUCAUCCCUUGAAAUUCUUAAGAUAUGAAAAAUGAACUAAAUAAAGACAAUCACAAAAAAAAUAAAGUAAAAUAACAAUAAUAAUAAUAAUAAUAAUAAUAAUAAUAAUAAUAAUAAUAAUAAUAAUAAUAAUAAUAAUAACAAUAAUAAUAACAAUAAAAAGUCUUCUUACCCAGCUGAUGUCCUGAGAUCAGGGUGAGCUAGUGGAGACUAGCUAAAACAAUAGAAUAUAUAUAUAUAUAUAUAUAUAUAUAUAUAUAUAUAUAUAUAUAUAUAUAUAUAUAUAUAUAUAUAUAUAUAUAUAUAUAUAUAUAUAUAUAUAUAUAUAUUCAUUUAUUUAUUUAUUUAUCUGUUUAUUUAUACACACACACACACACACACACACACACACACACACACACACACACAGUAGAGCCUCAGUUGCCAAACGCCUCCGUUUUCGGACAAAUCUCUUUUCGAACAAAAUUUUGAACUCAUUAUUGCUUCAGUUAUGGUACCAUAAUUCGGUUCUAGAACAAGGUUACUUGAUUUGAAAUAUUAAAAGACAUAGCAAAAGCUGCCGUUUAUUACUAAUUUAUUGUUUCUAUAAAUAUUUACUUUAUUUUUAUAUAUUUGGAGGAGAGAAACAGAGUGUAAGACAGUAGUUCGAUCUUUAAGAUAAGCUAAAUGUGGCCCCGUUGAAAAGCGUCGAUAUAAAGAAACAGUUUUUGACACUCAGGGGCAAUCCCGAGCUACCUGUGGCUCUCACAAUGAACCGUUAGGCCAUCAUUACUGCACGACUGCAUUUUUUCCAGUAGUUUUCCCAGCAGCAAGAUGUCUUAUGAUCACUUUCAUUUUGGUGGUAAGUGGGUGGUUGCUCUUCUCUGUCCCUCUGUCAGGAUUCCUUCACUAGAUCAGUCUAAACAUUAUCUUCUGAUGAAUUCUGUGUCACUAAGCUCAUUCAAUAUAUCCUUUCUGGAUAAAUAGUUUAUGAGAGAGAGAGAGAGAGAGAGAGAGAGAGAGAGAGAGAGAGAGAGAGAGAGAGAGAGAGAGAGAGAGAGAGAGAGAGAGAGAGAGAGAGAGAGAGAGAGAGAA